ACGACAUACUAUGAACCAAUCAGCAGAAGUUCUGAUUGUAAACAGCUGUUUUAGUUUUGUAUCCAAAAUUUUCGAAUAUUUGUGAGUAAAAUUUCAAUUUCCAACAAGGAUAUCAACUGUUAAUAAAUAUCAACAAUGGCCGAUAUAGAUGGAGAAGAUCCAAAAGAGUAUCGCUGGGAAACCGGCUACGAGAAAACAUGGGAAGCUAUAAAAGAGGAUGAUGACGGGCUUUUGGAUGGCGCUAUUGCAGAGCUUAUUCAGAAAGCUAAGCGUAAACGUCAGGCACAAAAGACUCAACAAAACCGUUUGGGAAUGAUGCGGCAUCUUUAUAUUGUUUUGGAUUGCUCUGAGUCAAUGACCGUGCCAGAUUUGAAACCCACUCGAAUGUUAUGCACCAUUAAGCUUUUGGAAAUCUUUAUCGAGGAAUUUUUUGAUCAGAAUCCCAUCAGUCAGCUGGGUUUAAUUGUUUUGAAGGGCAAACGCGCCGAAAAACUUACGGAAUUAACGGGCACAUCAAAACUUCAUUUAAAGGCGCUCGAAGGUGCUGCUAAAAUUCCACUCACAAGUGAGCCUUCUUUGCAAAAUGGUCUUGACUUAGCAAUGAAAUCGUUAAAGGUUGUGCCCAGUCAUGCUUCCCGUGAAAUUCUCAUCAUUAUGGGUUCUUUAACAACAUGUGAUCCUGUUGACAUUAAUAGCACAAUCGAUGCUCUCAAAGCAGAUAACAUAAGAUGCUCAGUGAUAUCACUUUCUGCUGAAAUACAUGUUUGCCGUCAUUUAACUUCACAAACUCAAGGCUCUUAUGGUGCUGUUCUUGAUGACGCGCAUUAUCGUGAUCAAUUGUUAGCGCAUAUCGAUCCACCACCAGCAGCGCAAACACAAGAAAAUUCCUUAAUAAAAAUGGGGUUUCCACAUGCCAAGACCGAUGGUGGCAAGGAUCCACCACUUUCGAUGUGUAUGUGUCACAUAGAAAACACAGAAGAACCGAGCAAACUCACAUCCGGUGGCUACCAUUGCCCGCAAUGUUAUAGUAAAUACUGUGAAUUGCCAGUUGAAUGCCAGACAUGUGGCUUAACAUUGGUUUCAGCGCCACAUUUGGCUCGUUCCUAUCAUCAUCUCUUUCCAGUGCAACAUUUCACAGAGUUGGAAUUCAACGGGCAGGCGGCCAAUUGCUAUGCAUGCCAGAAACCUCUAACGGAAGCAGCGGAUAAAAACGUAUAUCGUUGUGAGAAGUGCACACAAGUUUAUUGCAUUGAUUGCGACAUAUUCAUUCAUGAGACCCUGCACACAUGCGUCGGUUGCAACACAGGCAAUCCACAUAGAAAAUAGAAAUAAUGUCGACAAAAUAUUUAAACAUUUACGUAUGUAAUUAAAAUAAAAACUUUUAAUGAUGAUAAUGGCAAAGCUAAA